AUGCCACUUCAGACGCCAUGGCCGUGGCUCCGCCUCUCCACCCUCGUCUCCCGAACUCUAACCUCAAACCCGUACCUCUCGCCGCGGACCCACGUUGGCGUGGCUCAUGCGCGGACGCGGGCUCUGAUCCCGACACCGGCUGCGGCGUGCGCCUUCCGAUUCAGUUUCCGUGUUCGCGCCACCGCCAGUGGCGCGAAGCCGCCGCCGCCGCCUUAUCCUCUAGCCGAUGUCUUCCCCUACAUUACCGCCGAGUGGGAGACCGUCGCGAAGGGUUGGGCGUGCGCCGCCGUCGCCGUAUACUGCCUCUCCCGCACAGUGCCCGCCGCGGGGCGCCUGCCGCGCGCGCUCGCCGGCGGCGGCGGGGGAGGGGGCGCGGCUGUUGAGGUGGCGGCCAGGGGCGGGGUCACCCUCGCUGCGUUCGCAUCGGCGCGCGCCGCCGCCGCGUACGCGCAACAGGCGUUUCUCUGGGAGGCGGCGCUGCGGGCGGCGGGGCGGCUCCGGGAGCGCGCCUUCAAGCGCCUCCUGGAGCGCGACCUUGCGUUCUUCGAGGGCAGGGGUGGGGUGGCUGCGGGCGACAUCGCGCACCGGAUCACCGAUGAGGCGGACGAUGUCGCGGACGCCUUGUUCUCCGUGCUCAACACGAUUGUGCCGACAAGCUUGCAGUUGAUAACGAUGGCCAUUCAGAUGGUGACAAUCAAUCCCAUGCUCUCAUUGCUUGCAGCAACGGUAAUUCCAUGCAUGUGCUUCGUCAUAGUCAAUCUUGGUAAAAGGCUUCGUCAAAUAUCCAAGGAGGCGCAUCGUAGCCUUGCCAUGCUCACAGCAUAUCUCAACGAUGUACUUCCGUCUAUGCUCACUGUGAAGGCAAACAACGGGGAACUUAAGGAGAUCAUGAGAUUCCAAAAGUUAGCUCGUGCUGAUCUAAAGAAUAAUUUGAGUAAGAAGAAAAUGAAGACUCUCAUACCUCAAGCUGUUCGAGCAACAUACAUUGGGGGCCUGCUUGUGCUCUGUGCUGGGUCAAUAGUUGUUUCGGGCUCAUCCUUUGAUGCUGAAGAGUUUCUGUCUUUCCUGACAGCACUUGCUCUUGUUGUGGAGCCUAUUCAGGAUGCAGGGAAGGCAUACAAUGAAUAUAAGCAAGGACAACCAGCAUUAGAAUGCAUAUUUGAUCUUAUGAGGUUCAACCCUGAGGUGACUGAUAAGCCAAGGGCAAUUCAUUUACAAAGUGUUAAUGGGGACAUUAAGUUCCAUGAUGUUACAUUUAGAUAUGAUGAUGGCAUGCCUCCAGUGGCAGAUGGUGUGAAUCUUCAUAUUAGACCAGGAGAAAUAAUUGCUUUUGUUGGACCUUCUGGUGGAGGCAAAACUACUCUUGCCAAAUUACUCCUCCGUCUUUAUCAUCCACAAAAAGGGUAUAUUCUUCUGGACAACCAUGAUAUUCAGGACAUUCAAUUGCAAUGCUUGAGAACACAUAUUGCUUUUGUUUCACAGGACACUAUGCUAUUUUCUGGGACAAUUGCUGAAAACAUUGCUUAUAGAGACCCUGUGGGAGAUAUUAACAUGAAUAGGGUUGAGUACGCUGCUAAGAUUGCCAAUGCUGAGGAGUUCAUUAAGAUGUUGCCAGAAGGAUACGAUUCAAAUGUGGGACAGAGAGGUUCUAGUUUGAGCGGUGGACAGAAGCAAAGGGCAAUCUAUCAGAAUUAUUCCAUAUUGAUAAUGGAUGAAGCAACUUCUGCUUUGGAUAUGAGAUCUGAGCUGCUACUGAAAGCACUUAGUAAUCUAAUCACAAAACACUCUCACAGUCUUUUUGUUAUCAUCAUUGCUCAUCGACAGGAAAUGGUCCUAAUGGCUGACAGGAUUAUUUCACUAGAGCGUGGUGAAUUGCGAGAGAUGUCAAAACCAGCAUUUUUGUCUCAAGAUGGUCACUUCAGCUCACCAAAGAUCAGGAGUCCAAAUUAG